CCCUCUCUGCUCUGGACCCCCGCUCGUCCCCGUCAGCCCUCCUUUGCUCGCAUGUCAUCCUGCCAUUAUGGCAGCGGCAGCAGACACGACGCAUGAAGAUGAGUUCGACGCUUUCUACGGAGACGAGGGCUUCGAUGAGGCGUCGCUGGCUCAAGCAGAGCUCCAGGCUACCCAAGUUGUCCGAGCACAGUCGGCGCAGCCGGCCCCUCAGAGUGGUCCUCAGGUAGUCGCACCCCUGCUUUCGACUCAGCGCAAAAGAACCGCCAAGCAGCAGCAACAAGAUUACCAUCAUCAUCAACAGCAUACAGCUCCCUCGAAUAAGCGGCAAAAGUUGACCUUCAGCCAAGGAGCAGCCUCUGGCCCUCGUUCCGUCCCUCUUCCUCCUCGACCAGUCGAUCACUACGACUACGAUGAGGAGACGCCAGAGGUCAUGUGGACGGAUGAGGGUGGCUAUGUCCAAGUCCCCUCGCGCCAAUCACCACCAAGACAAGAUCAUCGACCGCAGCAACAACUGAAUCAGCGCCUGCAGCAGCCUCGCCCUCCAGGACCAGACGAUUAUCACAUCAGCCAUCGUGGACCGGGCAGACCACCGGCGCUGGGAGCUGGUCAUGGAGAAUCAGUCCCACAUGAUCCGUGGUCGGAUGAGCAUGACUGGGGGGAUGGAGACGUGGAAGCGUUGUCCAAGGUCGAGGAGGCAGCUAUGGUCAGGCUCUCGCAGCAGGCCACUCGUUCCCCAAGCAAGCCAGGCGCAGUCGAAGCCGGGUCAAGACCGCCUGCGCAAAACGGCAGCAAUGCGGCUCAGCAGCAGCAGCAGCAACUGCCGCCACCCGCAGACUCGGAAGCCAUCCUCGAGAUGCGCAGAGAGAAAGAAGAGAUGGAGCGCAAGCUGCAAGAAGCCCUUUCCCAGCUCAAGCAGCGCACAAACGCCAUGUACCAGCGGGACGGCGAGAUCAAGAUGGUCCGUCAACGUAACGAUAAAGCCGAGCGUGACCUCGCCGAGCUGCACUUGACUGCUCAGCGACAGCAGCAGGAAUUUCAAAGAAAGCUCGAGGAGCAGGAGAAAACUUUUGCGCGCGAGAAGGAGCGACUGGAGACGACGGCUGCUUUUGAUCGAAUUGCGCAAGAGACCUCUACGGCUAGAACAGUCUGGCCUGCUUCGGUGAGGAGGGCAAGGAGAUUGGCGGGGGAGGCGUCGCAGGCAUUUGGGGCUGCGACGCAGCAGCAGUAUAUCCCCCCUCCAGUCGCUCCCACAACGCCUACCAAAAGGAGGAAUGGGGUGAUGCCCCCUCCUACGUCUGGGAGCGCGACAGGCAGUCCGAGUCGCGCAAGACGGGAAAGAGGCGACGACUUCGACAUGAGUCCGUCCUCGAGCAAGGCUCGUGCUGCGCGGCAGGGAUCGCUGCCAAGGGAUAAGUCGGCGAAGAAGGCGACGCCCAAGCCUCCUCCAAGAGCAUUUGCGGGCUUUGACAACUCCUUUGUCGACGUGGACACUCCCACCGCCAGCAGCGCCUCAAAGCAGCUGCGCAAGGCGAAGAAGCAACAGCAACGCAAGGAGGAGGGAGCAGAGGAGGAUCGAUCACCGUCGGGUGACCUUGACGUGCAGGUCAAUGGCGACACAACCAGCGAGGACCUAGCGGCGGUCAAUUCAGCGAAUGGCAGCAACACUCGACCUGAGCAGCCCGAAUGGUCCGUCAAGCUCGCACAAAGCAGACAGAAUCGCUAUUUUUGGGCUAUAUCGUGGUUCUCGCGCAAGCGGACCGGAUUGGCUGCACUCUUAUUGGGGCAUGGCUCUUCUCAACCACUUGCACCGCUCAGCCUCCCCGCUUCGCGGUACUUGAGCGCCGCGGUACCCCUGCCCAAUCUGGUGCCAGACCACUGCGCCACGCUGCAUCGUCUGCUUGACACGCAAGUGCCCACCGGGGCGAUUGACGCCAUCAAGGAUCGCCACCGCGCUGCUACAGAGCUACUGCUAACGACGGUGACAAACAGUGCGAGCUCGAGUGAUGGGGAGCGUCGCUUUGCCUUCCUCACCAACACAAGUGCUGGGGACCCUUUGCCGCAGGACGAAGCUUCGUUCGUCGCAAUGACAGAGGCAGAUUAUUGGGAUUGCGAGGAAAGCGCGAGCGAGGGAAUGGAGGACCUCUACGAGGAUUUGGCCGUCGCGCUGAGAACGCUGAUGGCUGUCUAUCUGCGACUCUGCAUGAUCGAUGCACUACAAGAUACGCUGGCGCUCAUGACGGCAGUCUGCAUCUCUCAUCCGGCCUUCGUCAAUUUCCUUGUUUCGCGAGACCUUCCCUACGAGCUCACCGCGGCACAGGCCUCCUCACCCUCGACGCAGCCGCAGGUAGCGGCGCCCCUCCCACUCCGCCUCAAUGCAUGCCUGAUCGAAAGCAUGCGCAAGGCCUGUCGCAUCUUACCUCUGGCCCUGAGUAGCCCCAUUUCAGUGGUCAGCCCCUAUGCGGAGACCCUCGUACCCGCAACGGUCGCGCCUGGUGCUACUCAAUCGCGCAAAGCCAAGCAACAGCAGCGUGAGCAGGACGAAGCCGCCCGUAAGCAGCCGUGGGACAUGGGUGGUGCACAACGUGACGCUUUGCUGGUUUCCAUGCUUGACCUCGUCGAAGUCCUUGCAUAUUACCUCGGCGUGGAAUCUGGCCGUCAUCUCAAGGAACUUUUCGAUGCUCCAGGCUUCAUACCUACCUUUCUCGACGCAGCUCGCCCUGCGAGUACCAUGCGCCGCUUUGUACGGCUCCUGAUACAGCUCUGCCCCCAGCCCGACCUGUGGAAGACGCUCAUCGCUUGCCGUUGCGACGAUGCCCUACAGUCCCUCCCCUCCCUCAUCACCUCAUCGCGCACUCCGCUGCUCGAGCUGCUAGGCAAGCACCUCGUGGACCUCAAGUCCAAGCAGAAGGCGAGCGAGGCACACGAUCUGCACGUUGCAGUCGCGACGCUGCUGACACAGCUGAUCAUCACUCAUCAUGAUGCGUUGCUGCUUGCGAGGGAAAGCAAGACGGUUCUGGCGGCGCUCGUGCAGAGCAUCUACGCGGACUCGAAUCUGAUUUGGAACGACGAUGGGCACGGGAUAUCUGCGAGGGACAAUAGGGCGGAGGAGAUUUGCCAGAGGCUCGUGGUGGAUACUCGAUUACUCUUCUACCUCUAUGCCUCCCCUUCCAGGUCAAACGAAACCGAGCACAGCUCCUCCCCAUCCUCCGGCGACCACGAAGGCACCAACAGUCACUUGAUGGACCACCUCCACUCUCACGAAUCGCACCUCCUUCUCAAUGGCAUACGACACUGCUUUGUCCUCUCUCUCUCCCGCCUCGCCUUCGCGGAAGAACCGCCCUGGUUACCGCAGGAUUGCGUGAGAGAGCUGCAAGGGGUGGCAGAGCUUUGUAGCGAUCUGCUGGAGAUGGUAUUGAGUCCUGAGGAGGUGGAGGCUGCUUGGGAGGUCUGCGCAGAGGGAGAGGAGCAGGAGGACGAAGAGGAGGAAGAGAGAGCUGAAUUGGGUAGGGGAGGGCGGGACGAGGAUGAGGAAAUGAUGGAGUUGGCGGAACGGCAGCGCGGCUGAUGGAGGCGCGACGUAGAGGGCUUGCAGUGCAUGGCUACCGGUACGACCCAGAUUCUUCCUGUAUCAUUCGACGCCAAUUUUCCUCCUGUGAUUCCAUGAUCAUUGUCAACGUGCUCC